GCUCAAAAAGUUAAAUACCUGCAUGAUCAUCGCACUGAUCCGUGUGCUACAGCUACAGGAGUUCCCUGACUCUAUCCUCCUCCAUAUCUGUCUCUCUCCUCUACUACCUCCCAGGCUUCAUUUGCGGUGUCUAUUUUCUUGCUUACAAAGUUUAAUGCAUUAGAAACGACUUAUUGGAGUGUGCUCUACUUGCACCGUUCAUGGUAAUUAUAUUUCGGCGUCAAGACGUACUGAAAUUAUAUUUACAGACGUAUUUGCAUUAUUUGCAUCCAUUCUUAGAUUUGUCUCUCACUGAUAACCUGCAAACUACGACUCUAGAACAUCAUGGCCACUUCUACAACAAAUAAGAAAAUGAAUCUCUCAUGGAAGCGCGUGGCUGGCGCGCCACGUGCCUCGAAGACUGCAGGUCAUGCGUAUAUCCAGAACGAAGCUUCUGGUUCGGCGUUUGUCUACCUAGCUGCAGAGAAGUCGCAAACCCUUGUCAUCGUUUCUGAUCGAGGUGUGCGCGAAGUGCCAUACGCGAAACCAUGCAAACAAAUAAUUGCUGCAAGAAAGAAUGAAGCCAAGGGGGGUGUGAUCGAGGUACUUACUUCAUCCUUAUACUUCGUAUAAAAAGAUCUGUUGUGGCUGUUCAUCUUCAAGGGGAAAAAGUUCUAUCAAAAUUGGUCUUCGUUCAUUCGCGUUUGAAGAUCAUUCGCUUACUUAUGGAAACCUCACAUAUUGCCAUCAAUACAAUCUUUAGGUUGACUUGCUAGAAACUGCGCGCAUGCUGGUGCGGGUCACGAUCAGCGGGAACAGCGUUACGAACGUGAGCAGACGCGAACUCUCGAGCAAUUGCGUAGCCAGUGAUAAUGGCUUCCUGCUUUGCGACGACAACAUGCUGAGCCAAGUGUCGCAUUUCUUCCCAGAAGAUGUUGAUACCGCUUCCCAGAAGAUGUUGGCAGAGGAGGCCACUACUGGUAAAGAGGCUGCCCUGAUCACCACGACGACUUCAACGCAACUACCGGUGAAUCUCAAUAUUGGGUCGGCUUUGUCUGCUAACUUCCAUGGAGGAAUGAGGAGAAAAAAUGGUUCUAACAGCAAGAAAGGACAAGAUGAAGAUGGCGAGAAAGACCUUCAAGACCACGUGAGCAGCAGUCAGCGACAUGUAGUCCAGAUACGUGCGAUCAAGGACCCAAGUGGCACUGUGGUCGAUAUGUUGUUGCUUGUUGCUACGAAGACUGCAGUUUUUGCUGUGCGCUUAGAGGUAUGCACUCACGAUAAUUCUUGUCUCGUGUCCGGGUCGCGUCAGCUCAAUAUCAGUCCUCACAACUACGUGGUGGUCGGCGGCAACCUGAUGAUGUCCGAUUCUCCUUCUACGUCCACGACCGCAAGUAAAAAUAUCACUGCAGAAGCAACAUUGAACCCACAUACUGGAGCGAUGCUGGUUGGAAACAAAACUACGGAAGGUACUCACUUGACUGUAGUCGAACUGGGUGAAGAACGAGGCAGCAUUGGCGUGUGGCCGUAUACUCGUAGUUCUACGUCUAACUCUGCGAAGAAAACCCUUAUCGUGCGAUCAUGCAGUACUAGAACUGGAAGCCCCAUGCUUCUCGAAGUUUCAGGUGAAAAUUUCUCACUGCGCAAUUAUCGCACUGGCAUGGAGUUUCUCAGCGGGGAUGAUGUGCAGUGCGACAAAAUUACAGCAGACGGGGAUGAUGUGGACUUCAUUUUUGGCGCGACUGCUGGUGCUGAGAAAGCAGAGAAUGCCAAUGCCGAUAAAGAACACCAGAGUAACAGUCGAGAAGACAGGAUCAUCGUUGCGACAUCCGAGGGCGUUUUUGCAUUAACAGUAGAAGUAGCAGGAGAGGAAGCUGAGGAGCCUAGUUUUUCGCUUGCCAGCCUUGUUGGCGCAGGACGGAAACGAACGAGAGAAGAGACAGAGGAGGAAGGCGAAAAAACGACAAAACGAAAAGUACUUACUAUCUGAGGUUUGAAUCAUGGAGGAUGUUUUUAAAUGGAUGAUGUUUUUAUCGAUAAUUGGUUUGAAUGGAGGAUGUUUUUAUAAAUAUUCAACUUCAACAUGUGGUCUGUCUAAUUGUGUUUGUCUAUCAUAUAAGACUUGUUAUGAUGGAGAUCAUUGAGUAAGUCAAUCAUUCCGAAUGAUGAUAUAUUGAUAUUUCAACAAGCAGCUCCUCUCACACAUUUUUUUCAUCUCUGAAAAAUGAAUCCAAAGGUUUCCAAACUCGACGUCGCGGCGCGCGCUUUGCGCAGUGCGCGAUUGUCAGCGAAGAUUAGGGAGAAAGACGCAGUCGCUAUGGUCGUAAAACAGCCGUCUUUGCUAGCGACGCUUGUCAGUUACUACAGAUACAACAGCGACGUCAUGCUCACAGCGCUGAGGGAAGGUUUAUCGCAGUCAGAGGGUCUUCGGUGGCUCGAAGCUCUAGCAAGAUGGCUAGAAUAUCACGAGAGCUGCGGAUAUGCAGCCAGCGGACGCGCACCAGAAGGAUCUUCCUCUACUUCAACAUCUUCUUCUACGACCAGCCAGCUCCCAACAUGUGCCGCUUUGAUUCCUUCCGCUGCUAGGGUGAUUUCAAUGGUUGAGAUCCUCAUUGACGCGAAGUUCCUAGAAUGGUGCUAUUUCGUGCCAGCAAGUGCAAGGAACUUCGUCGCACUCCUGGAAAAAUGCAAACUGUUAGUGGACAAGGCAAAUAGGGGCAGCGACGAGUUGCGUGUUCGCGUCAUGCCACUGUAUGCGGAAUUGAUAGACAUCAUGUCGAGGGACUGCAAGACCAAGGCAGAUGCGGAGGCGAAAAAGAUGAAGAACUCUUCGAAAAGAGAAUCAGCAUCCACCUCUGUAGAUGAGAGCAACACGAAACCACUGUUGGCAGAGGCCUACACACCGCAUUCACAUGAUAAGCCAUAUGAAAUCUUCCGCUUGGAAUUCUAA